UUUUACUCGCGCUCACAGCGAAGCGAACGCGUCAUCACUCGCGACGAUGGCCAUCCACCAGUACGGCGGCGUGCUGCUGCUGCUGCCGCUGCUGCUCGCGUCGGCGACGUCGCGUGCCCGCGACAGCAUCGCGCCGGGCGAGCCGCUCGCGGGCAACGAGACGCUCGUCUCGGCGGGCGGCGGCGGCGGCGGCUGCUUCGAGCUCGGGUUCUUCACCCCGCCGGGCUCCAACGACACCUACGUCGGGGUGUGGUACGCGCGGGUCUCCCCCCGCACCGUCGUCUGGGUCGCCAACCGCGGCGACCCCGUCCGGGGUCGCGUCGAGGACAACGGCGGCGCCACGCUGUCCGUGUCCCGCGGCUGCGAGCUCGCCGUCGCCGACGCCAACUCCACCGUCGUGUGGUCGGUCUCGCCGCCGGCGGCCGGCCCGUGCGCGGCGCGGAUACGGGACGACGGCAACCUGGUCGUCUCCGACGCGCGCGGGCGGGUGGCGUGGCAGGGGUUCGACCACCCCACCGACACGUUGCUCCCCGGGAUGAGGAUCGGGGUGGACUUCGCCGCCGGGAAGAACAUGACGCUGACGGCGUGGAGGAGCCCCUCCGACCCGUCGCCGAGCCCGGUGGUCGUGGCCAUGGACACCUCCGGCGACCCGGAGGUGUUCAUCUGGAACGGACCGACCAAGGUGUGGCGUUCCGGGCCCUGGGACGGCGUGCAGUUCACCGGCGUCCCGGACACCGUCACCUACAGCAACUUCACCUUCAGCUUCGUGAACAGCGCCCGGGAGAUCACCUACAGCUUCCAGGUUCGCAACACGAGCAUCCUGUCGCGCCUGGUGCUGAACGGCAGCGGCGCCGGAGCCGGCGGCGGCGGCGGGCUGCUGCAGCGGUGGACGUGGGUGGAGGCGGCGGGGGCGUGGAACCUAUACUGGUACGCGCCCAAGGACCAGUGCGACGCCGUGUCGCCGUGCGGGCCCAACGGGGUGUGCGACACCAACCGCCUGCCGGCGUGCUCCUGCCUCCGCGGGUUCGCGCCACGGUCGCCGGCGGCGUGGGCGCUGCGGGACGGCCGCGACGGGUGCGCCCGGGCGACGCCGCUCGACUGCGCCAACGGCACCGACGGGUUCGCCGUGGUGCAGCACGCCAAGGCGCCCGACACGACCGCCGCGACGGUGGACCACGACGCCGGCCUCCAGCUGUGCCGGCAGAGGUGCCUGAGGAACUGCUCGUGCACGGCGUACGCCAGCGCCAACCUCAGCGCGCCGCCGGGGCGCCGCGGCUGCGUCAUGUGGACCGGCGGGCUCGACGACCUCCGCGUGUACCCGGCCUACGGCCAGGACCUCUACGUCCGCCUCGCCGCCGUCGAUCUCGAUUCAACAAGCAAGUCUAAGAAGAAGAUGCACAUUGUAAUUACAGUAGUUGUCAGCAUCUGUGCACUGGCCAUCCUUUUAUCAGUUACUGGGAUCUACAUUUGGCGAACAAAGAGGACAAAAGCGAGGCGACGAGGACCAAGUAGCUGGAGUGGUGGUUUACACAGUAGAGAGCUCCACAGUGAAGGAAAUAGUCAUGGGGAUGACAUGGAUCUGCCUCUAUUUGAUUUUGAGACAAUAGCAUCAGCCACACAGGAUUUCUCAGCAGACAAUAAACUUGGUGAGGGUGGCUUUGGGCCAGUAUACAAGGGUAAACUAGAGGAUGGGCAAGAAAUUGCUGUUAAAACACUUUCAAAGACAUCGGUUCAAGGUCUUGAUGAGUUCAAGAAUGAGGUUAUGUUGAUAGCUAAACUCCAGCACCGGAAUCUUGUUCGACUCAUUGGCUACAGCAUUGGUGGACAGGAAAAGAUGCUUAUAUACGAAUUCAUGGAAAACAAAAGCCUGGACUACUUCCUGUUUGAAAAAUCCAAGAGCGUGCUAAUUGACUGGCAAACAAGAUACCACAUAAUCGAGGGGAUUGCUCGAGGUUUAAUUUAUCUGCACCAGGACUCAAGAUACAGAAUCAUCCAUAGAGACCUAAAGACGAGCAACAUUCUUCUGGAUAAGGAGAUGACUCCUAAAAUUUCAGACUUCGGUAUGGCCAGAAUGUUUGGCAGUGACGACACAGAAAUAAAUACGGUUAGAGUGGUUGGCACAUACGGUUAUAUGGCCCCCGAGUACGCAAUGGAUGGAGUAUUCUCUGUGAAAUCUGAUGUAUUCAGUUUUGGUGUCAUAGUGCUGGAAAUCAUUUCUGGUAAAAGGAAUAGGGGCGUCUACAGCUGCUCCAGCCACCUAAACCUUCUAGCACAUGCAUGGAGUUCGUGGAAUGAGGGGAGCAGUCUCGAUCUCGUCGACGAAACACUGAAUGGCUCAUUCAACUCAGAAGAGUUGCUAAAAUGCCUCAAAUUGGGGCUCCUAUGUGUCCAGGAGAACCCAGACGACCGUCCUCUGAUGUCUCAUGUGCUCCUGAUGCUGGCCAGCGCUGAUGCCGCCUCAUUUCCAGAUCCCAGGCAGCCUGGGUUCGUCGCAAGAAGGGCUGCCACGGAGUACACCUCGUCGAGCAAGCCAGACUGCAGUUUUGUGGACGGCAUGACCAUCACCAUGAUUGAAGGCCGGUAGAAUCGGAGCACGACGGUUACUGAACAAUACUAGAACAGCACUCGAGUUUUCUUAAGCAUCUUGUGCACAUGUGUGUAUGCAGUGUAGAAUCAUAUACAAUUUUGUCAUUGAUUAACCCUAGCAUUGGGUUGUCGAAUUCAAUCCACCCAAAUAUUGUGUAUGCAGUGUAUAAUCAUAUACAGUUUUGUGAUUGAUUAACCCUAGCAUUGGGUUGACGAAUUCAAUCCACCCAAAUAUUCAGAU